AUGGCAUCACCCACGACGAGCUUUUCCCUCGGCGCCUCGCCGACGAACCCGGCCGUCUCGCCUCCGGGCGAGUUCCGUCGCCGAUCGUCAAAGGCCUGCGAACACUGCCGGGCAAAGCGGACGCGUUGCAGUGGCACGUCGCCUUGUGAAGCGUGUGUCGCGCUCGGACUGGGAGAUGGGUGUUAUGUCCGCGACAAGGCGAGGCCUAGACGCGCUCCGGCCGCUUCGAAACGGCGCAAGAAGAGCUCGUCGCCUAAUGGUAUCGGGCCACGUCCGGGGGAGGCACACGCCCAUUUCGUGCGCGAUGUCGAGCUGGCGAUCGACUCGUGGCUCGAAAGUACAGGUAACUCUGAGCGUCUGUCGCUUCCCGGCCCAAGCCGCCUGAGCAGCUUCACUGCCACUGCGCUACCAGCCGACCGCUCCGACCUCGCGGUUCUCGAGGACCGCCUCCUUGUCUCGUACCGCGCCGUUCAGCACUUUGAGUUCCUGUCACCCUCCCGCGUUGCCGACCUGUAUGCACGCCAUCGCGAUCUCCCAGAAUCCCUCGUGCCCGACCAGCGGGCGCUGCUCGCCUCUGUGCUCUGCCUCGGACGCCUCAGUGAGCUCUCCUUCGAACUCACGAAGGAGGGCGGGAAUCGCAUGCGGCCCAUCGCACCCGGUGAGGCUCGCGAAGACGUCACGUACUUUCGCAUGGCGCUCGGCCAUCUCGAUGCCUUUGGGGCGGCGUCAUGCACUGCGCUGUGCGCUCUCCAUUGUCUGCACCUGUUUGCGCAGAUCAUCGGCGGGCCUGAGGACACGCGCGAGCUCCUCGGCGCCAUGGCGUGGCAGGCUCGUGAGCUUGGCCUGCACCGCCGCGAGACCGCCGCAGCCUACCCCGCUGCUGACCGCGUCGGCCAGCUCUUCUUCAGCACAAUGUACAAGGACACCUGGUUUGCGACGCUCGUCGACGCCCCGCCAUUCACACGCUGGGGCGAGUACGACUAUGAUCCGAGCGUGAGCACCGACGUACCGCAGACGCAGGGCAUCCUCUCGCGCCUCGCCGUUCUCGAGAGCGAGUUGCUCUCACAGAUCCAUUCUGGACGUGUCGACACAACCACUCCCGACUUUGUGCUCUCAACCGAGAGUCGCUGGUGGCCGCUCAUGCGCGAGUGCGGUGACGAGCGCAAUGACCGUCUACUUGCCAGCAUCCAUCCGUACGCGGACAUCCGCUUUAAUUGGAUCCGCCUCCUCUUGCGCGCGCCCUGCCUCAGCCACCCGACGCUCGGUGCGUCUUCGACACCCAUCGUCGCCCGCUCCCUCUCCCGUAUCCUCCAUACGUACGCGAGCCUCGCAGCUACGGACCUCUUUCACCCGUGCUACGCGCAGCUCCGGCGCAUCGUCACGUGCGGGCAGCUGCUCGUGCUCUGCCACACGGCCCGCGAGCUGGGUCGCCACGAGGCCGAGGAGCUGUUUGCCGUCUUCCUCGGACUUGUCAAGGAGCACCGUGGCAAGUUUGACUUUAUCCCACAGCUCAUUGCGAGCUUUGAGAGCGUCGGCGAGUUGCUUGGUCUGGUGAUCCCCGCUGCGCCGCAGCCCGCCGCACGGUUUAGCGUCGACCUGCCUAUCAUGUUCGACUACAGCCUCCCGACAUGGUUUGACACGUUCUACGAGCCGCACCUCGCACCGGAGCCCAUUUAG